AAAUAGACAAUGAUUGGUAAAAGAAAAACCCAGAAAAUAAAAAUAAAAAUUUUACCUCUUCACGAACCUGCAUGAGCAUCAGCCACCAACUUCCGGUUAUGCCGUUCAUGGUCAUGUAAAUGUCGCCCCACCUCCAAUGCAGAUUCGGGCAUGAUUCGUUGAGAAUAAAUCCCCAUAAAUCAGAGAGCCUAGAAUCCAUGGCUACAAGUAUAUCUGUAGAGUGUGCAUAAGCGAUAUUGGUCGUCCUGUGUGAUUCUAGGCUCUGUGAUUUAUGGGGAUUUAUUCUCAGCGAAUCAUGCCCGAAGCUGCAUUGGGGAUGGGGCGACAUUUACAUGACCAUGAACGGCGUAACCGGAAGUUGGUGGCUGAUGCUCAAGCAGGUUCGUGAAGAGGUAAAAUUUUUAUUUUUAUUUUCUGGGUUUUUCUUUUACCAAUCAUUGUCUAUUUUCUUUUAAUAUGGCAUCAGUUUGUUGGUUCCUAAAAUACUAUAUUAUUAAUAACAGAUGAUGAGUUUGCCAUAGAGCGGCAUUUACGGCUUACCAGUUUAGGUGUUGUGAUCCCGCCGGUGCCCUGGUCGUUGGCUGGGAUCUUAACAGUUCUCACCAGCAGAUCUACAAUGUCAUGGCUUCACCAGUGCCUUUACAAAGGAUGAUAAUGGGGGGUGGUCAGUGCCUUUACAAAAAUCAUUUGGGGUUCUCAAAACUCCUUUCCGGUUCCUAUUGACGAAGAGCAGAUUUACAGCCGUAGGAAAUCAACUUUCUGAGUCAGAUUUACAGCAGUAGGAAUGCGGCAAGAAGAAAAUACAUGGGAAAAUUUUAAAAAUAUAAAGGGUUGUUUGCUCUUCGUCAAUAGGAACCGGAAUGGAGUUUUGAGAACCCAAAUGAUUUUUGGGUCCAAAAACGCCAUGAGAGACUCAGGUUUACAAGCAGUAGGCUUGAAAAAGCAAAAAGGACGCUUCGACGACGGUGGCGGAGCGGUUGCCGAGCUGGAGGACCAGCUCCUUUACAAAGGAUGAUAAUGGGGGUGGUCAGUGGCCAGCAGCUGCGGGGUCUUGAUCAGACCACAUCAUUCUCCGAGAUCUUCCUGCAGAUGGGGCUCGAGCAGUAGAGUUUGUGAGGGACCUUUUACACCAAGCUGCAGCGAACGACCCGUACAGCGGCGGACACUUAUGGGUGAGGCUAAACGUUAAAAGGGCUAGUGAGUACAAGUAUCUUAAUCAGAGUGAUUGUUUGGAAAUUGAUGGUGUAGGUGAUGCGCGGAAGUUUCAUAUACUUCUGGAAGUGCUGAUGUUGUUCAAGUCUGUAAGGAAGAUCAAGAACACAUGCUUUCAUUGCUGGCCGCAGUGUUAUGGCUGGGAAACAUAUCAUUUCAAGCAAUUGACAAUGAGAAGCAUGUGGAAGUGUUGGCUGAUGAAGGCAAUUGUUGCAAGAAAGUGGGGAAAUGCUGUACUGGGAGAUCCAUCAGUAUACUUGGUAUUUACGGGUUUGAGUCAUUCCAGAACGGCUUUGAACAAAUGUGUAUUAAUUAUGCAAAUGAGAGGCUGCAGCAACAUUUCAACCGACAAUUAUAUAAGCUUGAGCAGGAGGAAUGUGAAUUGGAUGGGGUUGAUUGGACUAAAGUUGAUUUUCAAGACAAUCAAGAAUGCUUGAAUCUAUUUGAGAAGACGAGUCUUUCUGUAGCCAGAAGGAGUUUUGCAUCUGACAAUACUGCUGGUCAACCUGGAAGACUAGGUUCUGUUUCAUCACCCUGCUACGAUUCUGAAGAAGCCACAUCUUUGGGACCUGGAACUCCUGGUGCAAGCACACCCUUUAAUGGAGCAGGGUGUCAGGCUAACGGCAGUUCAAAUGCAGUCAGCAAUCUGUUGAGGGAAUUUGAGCAGUGAGACAGAUAUUCGGUGAUGAUACGAAAGCUCUAGUUGAAGGUUUAACCUGGGCGGUCAGCUGCAAAUAUGAAUCCUGAGGAAGAUCUACGAAAACCUGAACACCGCUUUGAGUCCUGGAAGAAAGAGUACAAGGCAAGAUUACGGGAGACAAAGACAAAGCUUUAUAAAAUUUGGCACACAGGAGGAAAAGUGACGGAGAAAAUGGUGGGGAAAGAUAGACUCAAGAGCAUUGUAAUAUCUUGUUUUAGAUGAUCAAUCACCGUCUCAUGAUGGACCAAGAAGGAGGUACCUAAGAGGAUGAUUGAAGAAAGGAACGUUCUCAGUAAGCUACCUCUCCUUCUUCAUUAGCUUCUCCUCUGUUUACAUAUAUGGCAUCACAUAUCGGUGAAUUUGGUGUGGGGUAGUAUUUUUUUUUGGUAAACUGGAUUUAUAACCAGGGCAAAGCCAAUAAAGAUACAAGGGAGAUCAAAGCAAGGACCAACCCACAAACAUAACAUAAUAAACUACAACAGAGUGACAAAGGGAAUAAAGACCCGACACAAACCACAACUUUGUGUCACCCUAAAUCCUGCCAUUGAAAGUGGAAUCACAUAAACUUAAAAUUACUUCCUUUGAAUCAGAUUCCAUAAUGAUUUUGUCUAGCUCCAAGUUCUUGGCAGGCAUACAUCCCUCCAAAAUUGCCUUAGCCUCCGCCACUUGAACGCUUGAAGCCGAUAUACAUAAUUUCCUUGCAGCAACAAACUUACCAUUCAAAUCUCGAAUCACCAUUGCAACAUUUCCUUUCUUCGUUGUAGCAUUCCAGCUAGUGUCCACAUUUACUUUAAACAGGAGGAGACCAAGCAGAUAUGGGUUGAGAAUUACCUUGUAGAUUUCCAUGGUUGUCUGAACUUGUCCGCAUCCCGCUUAUAGCCCUUUGAGUUCUCCUAGUAGCCUCCAUAAAAGCAGCACAUCUAAUCUUGUGAAUAACCUGCAAAGGUGACACACUCUUUUGAUUGAAAAUAGCAUUACAUCUCUCUUUCCAAAUACUCCAACAAGUGAACGCCACUUGUGACAAAAUUCAUGUUUUAUCCUACUUAUUGCCCAUGAUAUGCACAAUUAAAAAGUGCAACGAAUUAUUAAAAGUAUCAAUUUCAUGUUUAUUCACCUUAUAGUUAAGUUGUUCUCCAAACCAGACAGGUUCAACCAAUGGACAAAGAAAAAACAUAUGCUCCAUAGUCUCCUCUUACUCAUUACAAAUGGGGCAUAAUGGAGAGUCAGCAACACGUCUCUUAAAGAGGGCCAACCUUGUAGCAAGAGCUCUAUGGACAACUCUCCACAUAAAAGUGCGAAUUUUAGGAGGGGUUUCCAGCUUCCAGAUGCAUUUCCAGACUUGGCAACUAAUUGAUGCCUGGAGGAAGAGCUCCGGUUUCGAUUAGACUCCUUAUCAUGAAUCCAAUGAUAACCCGAUUUCAUCGUAUAGACACCCCUUUUCUCCAAAGGCCAAAUUAAUCUAUCAUUACAGGAAGGAUCCCCAAUUUUUAUUUCUUUUAUCUCAUUAAGCUCCCUCUCAGAGAUGCAAGAACUAAUGGGUUGAACAUCCCAUUCUUGAGAGGAAGGCCGAAUUAUAGAAGCAACAUUUUGGUUUGGGUUUAUAUUAGAAUCCUCACAAGGAUUAGGAUGCCCAUUUGGUAAUGAAGGAAUCCAUCGAUCGACCUAUAACCGUAUUGUUUCACUAUUCAUCACCUGCCAUUGAGCAUCGCCCAAUAAAAUCUCUCUCCUUUCCAAUAAGCUUGCCCAAGCCCACGAAGCUCUACUUCCUUUUUUUAGCUUCCAGAAAUGAUGAAUUCAGAAAGUAUCUUGCCUUCAUAACUCUCACCCAUAAGGAUUCCGGCUCCAUCACCAUUCUCCAACAUUGUUUAGCCAACAAAGCCACAUUAAACUCCUGUAAGUUCCUGAAACCCAAACCUCCCUCUUGUUUUGGCAAACCUAAUACAUCCCAACUAACCCAGCGAAUCUUUUUAUCAUCAUAAUUUUGUCCCCACCAAAACCCAGCCACAAGAGAGUCAAAUUCUUUACAGAUACUUGCAGGAAAUUUAAAAAUAUUCAUUGGGUAAACUGGUACAGCUUGAGCAACCGCUUUAAUAAGCAUCUUCUUUCCCGCAUGAGACAACAACUUCUGUUUCUAUCCCUGGAUUUUCCUUAAUAAUCGAUCCUUAAUAUACCCCAAAGCUUGACGUUUAGACCUACCCCAAAUUGUUGGCAAACCAAGAUAAGUACCAGGAUUACCAACAAUUUGCAUUCCAAUAGCACCCUAUUCUUCCAUUACAUUUCUUGGGGUAUUAGCACUGAAAUACAUACUUGAUUUAUUAAGACUAACUUGUUGGCACGAAGCAUCACAAUAAGCAUUUAAAAUCUUAAUAAUGUUCCUGCAAU